AUGGAGGAGCGUGCUGCCCUCUUGCGCGAGGCAAAGCGCGCAGCAAUUGUGAAGGAGCUGAGGGACCUGAGGCUCUCAGACCCCUCAGUGCCCCUCGUCUCUGAACUGGACAUUGAUCAACCCAACGACAUCCCGCUGUUGGAGUUGGAUGAGGCUGAUCCUGAGCCCCUGGUGGGAGGUGAGGGGAUGGAGGAGGAGGAGGAUCAGGCCAUCGCCGGCCCUUCCCUCUCUGGGACUUCAUACCACAUGGACCAGGAGAGGCCGGGUCCAUCUGGGGUCAAUUUCGAGGCCCGCAUCCAGAGGCUGGAGGCCCGCCUCACCAGUCUGGAGCGCUCCCACGCCCUUCUAUUAAAGAAGUGCCGGUCCCUCCAGGUUGCCCCGGCUCCUGUGGCCCCCACCUCUGCUCAGAAGGGGGAGCACGUGGACAAGCUGCAGAACGCCGACUUUCUAAUCACUGGUGGAGGAUUACAGACAGUUCCGGCUCGGGGCGCGGACCAGGCCAAAGGACCAGAACAAUGCCAAGCAGUCAGCCACUCCCUGAGGUUUUGCAGGUACAUGGCCCAGGGAGUGGCGGCUGACUGCCUGACCAGGAGCGUCAGGUUUUUGAACCGGCUGGACCACCUGCGUGGAUACCCGACGUACCUGGCCCAAAAGGGCUACAAGAGUACCACCAUCAAAAACAUGAUGACCAACGUCAUCAUGUUUUUACGCCAUGUGGGCAAGCGCUUCCCGCGCAAGACCUGCCUGAGGCCCGCUGAAGCCAAAAACAUUGAAUAUGAGCUUCAGCGGAUCCAGCGGGACAUACAGCGGGAAGUGCUUGUCCACAGGCAGAAGAUCCUUAGGAAGAAGUCAGCCGACCAGCUGGACGCCACGGACAGCGUACAUUUUUUGGCAAGGGCCAAAACUGCGAUUGGCGAAAUUCUAUGCAGAGAGGAUCCCGAUGAGGUCCAUGGCCUGGGGAUGGGCUAUAUCUUGGCUUACCUGGCCAUCGUCACAGGCCACCGGGCGGUGGUCUUCCACCACACGACAAAGGAGUCGGUACACAAUGCCGACUCCUGGAAGUCAGGAACCCGCUUCCAAGUGUUGGUGCCGGUGCUGUUGGUGCUGGUGCUGGUCGGUGGUGCUGGUGCUGGUGCGGUGCUGGUGCUGGUGCGGUUGCUGUUGGUGCCGGUGCUGUUGGUGCUGGUGCGGUUGGUGCGGUUGGUGCCGGUGCGGUUGGUGCCGGUGGUGCUGCGGUUGGUGCUGGUGCGGUUGGUGCUGGUGCUGUUGGUGCUGGUGCUGUUGGUGCUGGUGCGGUUGGUGCCGGUGCGGUUGGUGCUGGUGCUGUUGGUGCCGGUGCUGUUGGUGCCGGUGCUGUUGGUGCUGGUGCGGUUGGUGCUGGUGCGGUUGGUGCCGGUGCUGUUGGUGCUGGUGCGGUUGGUGCUGGUGCUGUUGGUGCUGGUGCUGUUGGUGCUGGUGCGGUUGGUGCCGGUGCGUGAGUCCUGGUCUGUAAAUGUUAAUGCUCUUAACACCGUCACUCCUGCUCGCCGUCAAACCGCCGCCCGGAGCCCAGAGGAGAACACGACCGGACACAUCACCGGGAACCGUGUGGGGGAGCGAGGUCAUCCGGGAGUGUGUUCUCGCCACGGUGUGUCCAGAGGAAUGACCUUGUUGUGUUCUCGAGCUCAUUCCGACUACGUUUCCUGA